UCGUUCCGUUGAGCCCCAGCAACGAGUAGCUGUGCUUCUCGGACGACAUGCCCGCUCCCGUCGUCUGUUCACGGUAUCGCCGCGUCGCACCGAGUCUCCUUGAUUCCGUUCUGGCAUGCCUCCCGUUCGCUUCCCGCAGUCUCGCAACACAGCACUGCUGACAAGUGCAUGUGUACGGGAUGUUCCCGUCCUGUCCCGCACGUCGUCGUGCUUUGCCUUCCUCGGGAUGUCUUGCGCGUGUUCCGGUCCGUUUCCGUGGUGUUGGCCGGUCGACCGCUACGCCCAAGGCGUGUACUCAGCACCGCCGUCCGGACGCAGAGUGUACCUACAUAGACGCACGGUCAACGCUCGACACGUGCAGGCACCCACCUUCGUCGUCGUCACUCUUGUCUGCACCCUUCCUUCCAGUCAAUGCACCUCUGUCUCCGACGUUCGACAUUGCGUCACUGCACUAUCUCGAGCCUCACGUCCUCCUCUCUCGUACUUGCCUUGUCACGCCCUUCGUCCUUCGCCGCAUCCAGCCACGCCCUCUGCAACUCUCACUCGCCUCCCUCGUACCGCCGUUGGCCAAGCCUGGUCGCGUACGUCGUCCCAUCCUGCCUCUAUCCACGUCGUCCACUCGACUCCCUCGCAUUCCAGCUCACCGUGACGUCGCAUUGCCGGCUACGCGGGCUGCUUCGCUCGAGCCUCGGCCGUGGAUUCCUUCCCAUCCUCGCGCAACAUGCAUCCACCCCGUCCCAUCUGACGUGUCCCCGCCCUUCACGCCGACUCCAUCCUCCACCUCGUCCUCUCCGCCCCUUCAUGCGAGCAUUGCAACUCCCCGUCCCACUCCGUGUCGCGUCGAAUCGAGGGUGAGUCGACCAUCAGCCUCGUCCUCGCCAUCUGCCUCACUUUCCGUUCCCUCCGCGACUCGCACUCGUCUCUUGCCGGUCUGGCCCGCGUCGCGACGUUCUGCGCAAGACAGGUCGUGGUCAGCACGCUGCCGGUCGUCGACGUGGCAGGUAUGUGCUUCACCUCUCUUACUCCGUGCUCGUGCUCACGCUGCUUUGUGUGUUCGCCCCAACUCGCGCUCGCCAAGUCCAGUAUGCGGCGUAUAGGACGGGUUGCGGUAGCGAACCCUGUCAUCCUGAGGCGGUGAGUGAUUCUCCUCGCGUUCGUCCGGUGUCCCGCUGACGAGUCCUGCUUCAUUCCUCUGGGGUGGUGUCGAUCCCCGGGCAACACUCCGCACAGCGGACCGCCCGCUGGCGGCGUCGUCCCGCUCGCGCUCUCCGUGGUACGUCCCUCGCACCUUGUCCUGCCAAACACGACUGACUUGCGUGUGGCGUCUUGUGCAUCGGGACACGGCCGGUACGGGAGACGCGGUGUCGGUACGUUCGCGAUUCGAUGGCGAGUGCAGUCCACCCGGUACGUGGCCUG